CACAAGGUUGGAGGCAAAGAGCGUUUGCUUUAGUGUCAGGUGAUGCUGGAAGUGACGCACUGUUGAUGGCCCGGCAGGUGGGAGGAGGACCAAUGGCCGCUACUGGCUUCAGGACGGCGGUUGGGCGGGCACUAAAAUUCAGAUUUUUGGGGAUAGCGUCAAACAGACCCAAUCAGCAAGAAUGCAUGGAUAAUUAAAGCUUCCAAAAAUGAGUCGUGAAUUGUUACCCUUCUUCUGGAAUCCACAAUUUGACUACAAUAGAAGAAUCCAGUGUUGGAAUGUCUUACUCUUGCUCUUUGAAGCUGCACUGAGUGUCAGCUUGGUUUAUCUACCUUGAAGAGCAAAUCAAUGCACAGCUUGAAGAGAGGGGAUGGGAUGUUGCUGUGCCUCGAACAAUGAUCAGAGCACACAUCACAGCAGGCUGUAUUCUGAAACCUAAAACAGCCCCGUAUACAUCCAUUCAUGAAUCUGUGACGUCAGUAGUGUCUGUGUUCUCCUUUGCAGCGGGGUUGCAGGAUUGUGUGGGUGGAAUUUCCUUGCUGUAUUUUGCAGAUCGGGUUCGGGUUUCGUUUUUCUGCCAUCCACAUCAUAACGCAUGAAAAUGGAGCAGGACUGUAGAAAUUACUCACCGCUGUGUUGUGGCCACUUUCUACACUGGGAGUGAGCACUGGUGUUUGUUAGAGCAAUAUCUUUGACUGUCAACUCCAUGCACACCCACAGUACAAUGACCAGUUCUCAGGAGCCCCUGAGCUGGUCUUCCUCUACGACUGUGAUCAGCAAGACCCUCAAUGAAGAUAAAGAUUUCACUGGGAUGCAUGGAGAACAUAUACCCAGUGGUCUCCAUCCUUCAUCUGAGAUCAUAGAAGAUGUACGAGACAAGGGCUUACUUCACAGCAAUGCAUCAGAGAACAUGAGCAGUCCAGUUGCCACAACAGUAUUGACCAGUGUAAGUGAGGAUUCCAGGGACCAAUUUGAAAACAGCGUGCUACAGUUAACAGAACAGGAUGAAUUGGAAACUACUGUUCAUCAGGGCACCAAUGAUAAUAUACCUGGAGAGACCAACAAUGGAACAGAAGAUAUCAAGAUCCAGUUCAACAGAUCAAGUAGUGGAAAUGGUGGAUUUCUUGAAGGACUCUUUGGUUGUUUGAAGCCUGUAUGGAAUAUUAUAGGGAAAGCUUACUCCACUGACUACAAGCUGCAGCAACAAGAUACCUGGGAAGUUCCUUUUGAGGAGAUUUCUGAACUUCAGUGGUUGGGCAGUGGAGCACAGGGAGCUGUUUUCUUAGGGAAAUUCAGAGCAGAGGAGGUGGCCAUCAAGAAAGUGAGAGAACAGAGUGAAACGGAUAUCAAGCACUUGAGGAAGCUGAAGCAUCCCAACAUCAUUGCUUUCAAGGGAGUUUGUACUCAGGCACCGUGCUACUGUAUAAUAAUGGAGUACUGUGCUCAUGGACAGCUGUAUGAAGUGUUGCGAGCAGGUAGGAAGGUCACACCUCGCCUGCUUGUGGACUGGUCGACAGGGAUUGCUAGUGGAAUGAACUAUUUACAUCUUCAUAAAAUUAUCCACAGAGACCUCAAGUCACCCAAUGUAUUAGUUACUCACAAUGAUGCAGUAAAAAUUUCAGAUUUUGGUACUUCUAAAGAACUCAGCGAUAAGAGUACAAAAAUGUCCUUUGCAGGGACUGUAGCUUGGAUGGCCCCAGAGGUGAUUCGCAAUGAACCUGUCUCUGAAAAGGUGGAUAUUUGGUCGUUUGGAGUAGUUUUGUGGGAGCUUCUCACUGGAGAGAUUCCAUAUAAGGAUGUUGACUCCUCAGCCAUCAUCUGGGGGGUAGGCAGUAAUAGCUUGCACCUUCCUGUGCCCUCCACUUGCCCAGAUGGAUUCAAGAUCCUUAUGAAGCAAACAUGGCAAAGCAAGCCCCGGAAUCGGCCUUCUUUUCGACAGACGCUUAUGCACCUUGACAUUGCAUCUGCUGAUGUGUUGGGCACCCCUCAAGAGACUUAUUUCAAGUCUCAGGCUGAAUGGAGAGAAGAAGUGAAGAAGCACUUUGAGAAGAUUAAAAGUGAAGGAACUUGCAUACACCGGUUAGAUGAAGAACUUAUUCGUCGCAGAAGAGAAGAACUCAGGCAUGCCUUGGACAUUCGUGAACAUUAUGAGAGAAAACUGGAGAGAGCCAAUAAUUUGUACAUGGAGCUCAGUGCCAUCAUGUUACAGCUGGAGGUUCGAGAAAAGGAGCUCCUCAAGCGGGAACAAGCUGUGGAAAAGAAAUAUCCUGGGACUUACAAGCGUCACCCAGUCCGACCAAUAAUCCAUGCCAAUGCAAUGGAAAAAUUGAUGAAGAGGAGGGGAGUCUCACACAAGCCUGGAGGCCAGACUAAACGGCCUGACUUGCUGAAGAUGGAUGGCAUAUCCAGCACUGAAGUGGCUCCUAGUGGCUCUCCCCUUUCAGGAAGUCCAAAGAUGUCAACCCUUAGUAGCAAAGCACGUUACCGUAGCAAACCACGCCACCGGCGAGGAAACAGCAAAGGCAGCUACAAUGAUUUCACAGGGAUCUUGAAAAAUCAGUCAGCUCAAGAUGACUUGGCCCAUCCAUCUCACCAACAUCAGCAACACCCCCCUCAUCAUGGGCAUCACCCCCGAAUGAACAUCCAUGGGCAGGACAUAGCCAACUGUGCUAACAACCUUCGAUAUUUUGGCCCUGCUGCAGCCCUACGCAGUCCUCUUAGUAAUCACGCCCAAAGGAGGAUGUCUGGUUCUAGUCCUGACCUUAUCUCUGCUGCUAUGGAAGCUGAUUCACGGAGAAAUCUAGAGGAGAACGAGAAUGGGGAGGCCGAGGCAAAUCAUUGGGAAUGUUGUCAAGAAGAUACAUACAACCUUUGCCCACAGUGUACAAUGGGGACAAAUACUGCAAACCAAGGACAGUCACUUGAGCCAGGGCUGGAGAAGUCUGAAGCACCAUUGCAUGCAAAUAAGCAAUUUCCUGGAAAUAAUGAGGAAGGUGAAUUCAGCAGCCACAGACCAGUGUCUUCUCUUGGCUCAUCUCAUCCUGCAAGUACUCCAGGACUGCAGGGUAAAACACGACCCAACCCAAAGAGUGGAGAUGACUCUUCAGAACAAGAAGAAGGGGAAGUAGAUAGUGAAGUGGAAUUCCCACGGAGACAGAGGCCACAUCGUUGCAUUAGUAGCUGCCAGUCUUACUCGACCUUCAGCUCUGAGAACCUCUCUGUGUCUGAUGGAGAGGAGGGCAAUACCAGUGACCAUUCCAACAGCCCAGAUGAGCUGGCCAACAGGCGUAAAGAUCAACGGGCUGAGAAGCUGGAUGAGAUGUUGUCACAGACUCCAGAAAUCCCCAUUGAGAUAUCUACCCAGUCUGAUGGCCUUUCAGAUAAGGAGAGUGCUGUACGCAGGGUGAAAACACAGAUGUCACUUGGCAAGUUAUGUCCAGAGGAACGUGGCUAUGAGAAUCCUGGAGAGUUUGGAGAAUCAGGUGGUGACUCUUCAGAUGCAGAAUGCUCUGAUGCAACGGUGAGGACCAGUAAAGCCUGCAGCUCUGCAACUUGGUAAAGAUGUAUCUCCUCCCUCGUUUGAUCAACUGGCAUUUUGAUUCCCCCAAGAAACCCCUCUUCAUUCCUCUGAGAAGCUGCAUCUCCACCCCAUCACCCAGAUAAUCUGCAAUAACUUGAAUCUUUGGAGAAAUGUUCUGAUGAAUUGGUUUCUCGGUGAGCAUUUCAAUCACGAAUGGCAGGGAUGUAUUUUAUUGAAUAAUUGAGCUAUUGUAUCAUAUUUUUGGCAUUUUAACACUUUUUACUCUGAAGAGUGAACUGUAUCCA